UCGAACUCAGGACCUUGUGCUUGCCAGGCAGGUGGCGGCACCACUGAACUAAAUCCCCAGCCAAGAGGAAAGAGUUUUUACUAAGAGUAUAAGGAAAGGGGCCAGGGAUUUAGCUCAGUGGUGCCACCGCCUGCCCUGCAAGUGCAAGGACCUGAGUUGGAUCCCUGGUACCAAAAAAAACCCCUGACAGAACUCUAGAGACCUUAGAUUCCCAGCCCAAAUGUUACCUGCUUCCACAAGUAAACGCAACUGAGCACCACAAACCAACCAUUGUUCUGAGAACCUUCAAAACAACCCUUUCAGGAAAGACUCCUGACUCAGAAAGAGGAUAUCUGAAACAUGUGGAAUGAUAUUGAGCUGCUAACAAGUGAUGAUACCGGAAGUGGUUACUUAAGUGUUGGUUCAAGAAAAGAAAAUGGAGCUGCUUUGUAUCAAGUAGAUUUGCUUGUGAAGAUCUCCUCAGAAAAGGCCUCAUUAAAUCCAAAGAUUCAAGCAUGCAGCUUGAGUGAUGGGUUUAUAAUUGUAGCAGACCAAUCAGUGAUACUGCUUGACAGUAUUUGUAAAUCUCUUCAACUGCAUCUUAUAUUCGAUACUGAAGUGGAUGUAGUUAGCCUGUGUCAAGAAGGGAAGUUUCUUUUGGUCGGGGAGAGAAACGGCAACUUGCACCUCAUUCAUGUGAUGUCAAAGCAGACCUUACUCACUAAUGCUUUUAUUGAGAAAACUAAUAAUGAAAAUCAACCUACUUACCGGAAUCUUAUUAUUGAAAAAGAUGGUUCAAAGGAAGGUACCUAUUAUAUGUUGCUUCUUACAAACAAUGGAUUUUUUUAUAUUACAAAUCUUCAGCUUGUAAAAAUUCAGCAAGCGAUUGAGAAUGUAGAUUGGGAUACAGCCAAAAAAUUACAGGGACAGAUCAGAUCCAGUUUUAUUUCUACUGAAAAUUACCAUACUAUUGCUUGUCUCAGUCUUGUAGCCGGAGAUUUAGCAAGUGAAGCUCCUGUGAUAAUUGGGGGAGUUGGUAAUUGUGUAUUCUCAAAAUGGAAGCCAGACUCUUCCAAAAAAGAAAUGACAGUUAAGAACCUUGUUGAUGCAGAAAUUAUUAAAGGUGCAGUGAAGUUUCAGCUGAUAGACAAUCUACUUUUCGUUCUUGAUACUGAUAACGUGCUGAGUUUGUGGGAUACUUACACUCUCGCCCCCAUCUGGAACUGGCCAUCUCUUCACAUAGAGGACUUUCUUCUUACCACGGAAGCAGAUUCUCUUUCAUCAGUUACCUGGCAAGGGAUUACAAAUCUCAAGUUAGUAGCUCUGACAACUACAGCUAAUAAGAAGAUGAAAAACCUUGUGGUUUAUGCAUUACCUACAAUGGAAAUACUAUAUUCUUUGGAAAUAUCUAGGGUUUCUUCUCUUGUUCAAUCAGGAAUUAGCACGGAUACUAUUUACCUUCUGGAAGGAAUUUACAAAACUGAUCCAAAAUUCUCUGAAGACUGCAUCUCAGUUUUAGUGCUCAGGUAUCUUACAGAAGCUUUACCAGAAAACAGAUUGAGUCGGUUACUUCACAAACACAGAUUUGCAGAAGCUGAGAGUUUUGCCAUUCAGUUUGGACUAGAUGUUGAGCUUGUAUACAAGGUAAAAGCAAAUAAUAUAUUGGAAAAACUAGCUUUGUGUUCUGUGGACACCAGCGAGCAGACCAAGUGGCAGCACCUGGUAGAUGAAGCAAAGGAAAAUCUGCAUAAAAUCCAGGAUGAUGAGUUUGUGGUGAAUUACUGCCUAGAGGCCCAGUGGAUAACCUAUGAGACUACCCAGCAGAUGCUCAACUAUGCCAAAACCAGGCUUUUGAAGAAAGAAGAUAAAACUGUUCCCUUCUAUUCUGAAGGCUUGAUAGAGGUACUAAGGGCUCAUGCAAAGUUGACUACUUUUUAUGGAGCAUUUGGGCCAGAAAAAUUCAGUAGUAGUUCUUGGAUUGAAUUCCUGAAUAAUGAAGAUGACCUUAAAGAUAUUUUGCUACAACUAAGAGAAGGAAACCUUGUCUGUGCACAGUAUCUUUGGCUGAGACAUCGGGCAAAUCUUGAAAGCAGGUCUGAUGUGAAAAUGCUUGAGAACUUGUUGAACUCGAUUUCUACACCAGUCUCUUUGCAAGACCUUUGUCCGUGGUUUAAAAAUGAGGUGGUCCCGUUUGUGAGAAGGACUAUACCUGAAGGACUGAAAAUUCUUGCAAAAUGGUUGGAACAAACAGCCAGGAACCUUGAAUUAAUGGAUAAGGCAAAUUGGCCAGAAAAUGGACUUCAACUGGCAGAGAUAUUUUUCACAGCAGAAAGAACAGAUGAGUUGGGACUGGCUUCCUCUUGGCACUGGAUUUCCUUGAAGGAUUACCAAAAUACCGAGGAAGUAUGUCAAUUACGGACUUUGGUAAACAACUUGAGGGAGCUGAUCACAUUGUAUAGGAAAUAUAACUGCAAAUUGACCCUCUCUGAUUUAGAGAAGGAAAAUACAACCACCAUUGUGUUCCGAAUGUUCGAUAGAGUGUCGGCCCCAGAACUUAUUCCCUCCAUCUUAGAGAAGUCUAUAAGAGUUUACAUGAGGGAACAUGACUUACAAGAGGAGGAACUUCUCUUGCUGUACAUAGAGGAUUUAUUAAAGAGAUGUAGCUCAAAGUCCACAUCCCUCUUUGACACAGCUUGGGAAGCAAAGGCCAUGGCAGUGAUUGGAUGCUUGUCUGAUGCAGAUCUCAUCUUCGACGCAGUGCUGAAGAUCAUGUACAAGGCCGUGGUUCCUUGGAGCGCGGCGGUGGAGCAACUGGUAAAGCAGCAUCUGGAGAUGGACCAUCCCAAAGUGAAGUUAUUACAGGAGAGUUACAAACUAAUGGAAAUGAAGAAACUUUUACGAGGCUAUGGAAUAAGAGAAGUGAAUCUCUUAAACAAUGAAAUAAUGAGGGUGGUCAGAUACAUUCUCAAACAAGAUGUCCCAUCUUCCUUAGAAGAUGCUUUAAAGGUGGCCCAAGGGUAUAGGUUGUCUGAUGAUGAAAUCUACAGUUUAAGAAUUAUCGACCUGAUUGAUAGAGAACAGGGUGAAGACUGUCUCCUCCUACUGAGGUCUCUGCCUCCCGAAGAAGCUGAGAAAACUGCAGAAAGAGUCAUCAUCUGGGCACGACUGGCCUUGCAGGAAGAGCCAGACAAUUCUACAGAGGACCGGGCCUGGAGAAUCUGUGUGGCAAAGACAUCAGUGGACAUCCUUAAAAUACUGUGUGACACUCACAAAGACAAUCUCCAGAAGAAGGAUGAAUAUGAAGAAAUCCUGAAACAAUUUAAAGUGGUUGCCAGCCUACAGGAGAACUUUGAGGUCUUUCUUUCGUUUGAUGAUUAUAGCAACAGUGCCCUGCUAGCAGAUCUGCGUGAGCAAUACAUUAACACUCACGAAGAUGCCCAGGAUAAGCCAGGCCUGAGCACCACAUCAAAGCUGCACAGACAGGCACUCGCCCUGCAGGUGUCCCCGCAAGAGCUGGAGGCAGAGCUGGCCUGGAGAGCCUUAAGAAAUGAGAACAUUGGAGCAGUGCUGAACAAAUGCAGAGACUUGUUUAAGUAUCGUUGCAACGCCGACACGGGGAAAUUCCUGUUUCUGACGUGUCAGAAGAUUUGUCAGAUGUUGGCUAAUGACGUCCCGGUGACAGCACCUAUGGGCCUCAAUCUUCCUUCUGAGAUACAUGACCUAGCGUGCCAGGCCGCUACCAUCUGCAGUCCAGAUUUUUUACUAGAUGCUUUAGAACUAUGUAAAUGUACUUUAAUAGCGGUGGAGCUUUCCAGACAAUGCCAAAUGGAUGACUGUGGAAUCCUAAUGAAAACUUCUUUUGGAACUCAUAAGGACCCAUAUGAGGAGUGGUCUUACAGUGACUUCUUCAAUGAAGAUGGAAUCGUUCUUGAGUCACAGGUGGUGCUACCGGUAAUUUAUGAGUUGAUUUCAUCAUUUGUCCCUCUGGCAGAAACCAAAAGACACCCCUUGGAUUCUACAAGUUUGCCCUACUGCUCCAUCAGUGCAGGAGACGACCUUAUUUCGCCCAUUAUCCGUUCCAUCUCUGCCCUGCUUCAGAACCUUCAGGAAUCCAGCCAGUGGGAGCUGGCCCUAAGAUUUGUAGUCAGUUCCUUUGGUGUCUGUCUCCAGCAUUCUGUAUCAAACUUCAUGAAUGCCAGUUUGAGUGAAAAGGUAUUUAAUUGUCGCCUAGUGGAUCUCAAUCUGGCUUUGGGUUAUUGUAUUCUCUUACCUCAAAAAGACGUGUUUGAAAACCUCUGGAAUCUUGUAGAUAAAGCGUGGCAGAAUUACGACAAAAUUCUGGCAAUAUCUCUUGUGGGUUCUCAGCUGGCCAGUCUCUAUCAGGAAAUCGAAAUAGGGCUUCAGUUCCAUGAACUGAGUACUGAUGCCCAGUGGGGUGUUCGUCUCGGUAAACUUGGUAUUUCUUUUCAACCAGCUUUUAGGCAACAUUUUCUCACCAAGAAAAACCUCAUUAAAGCUCUUGUGGAGAAUGUAGAUAUGGACACAAGCCUCAUUCUGGAGUAUUGCAGUACAUUUCAGUUGGACUGUGAUGCAGCGCUUCAGCUAUUCAUUGAAACACUACUCCACAAUACUAAUGUCAGCCAGAACCCCAGAGAUGCAAACCUGGCACCUGCAAAGCAACAGCAUUCCAAACUCUUGGCCAAAGCCAUUGAAAUGGUUCCCUUACUGACGAGCUCAAAAGAUUUGGUCAUCAGUCUUAGUGGGAUACUACACAAGUUGGAUCCCUAUGACUAUGAAAUGAUUGAAGUUGUCCUGAAAGUUAUACAAAGAGCUGAUGAAAAGAUAACCAAUAUCAAUAUUAAUCAGGCAUUGAGUCUUCUGAAACACCUGGAGUCAUACAAAAGAAUUUCCCCCCCAGUGGACCUGGAAUAUCAGUAUAUGUUGGAGCACGUCAUCACCCUGCCACCCGCGGCCCAGACGAGACUGCCUUUUCACUUAAUACUGUUUGGCACAGCACAGAGCUUCUGGAAAAUUCUCUCUUCAGAGCUCAGUGAGGAGUCCCUCCCAACAUUGCUCUUAAUCUCCAAAUUAAUGAAGUUCUCUCUAGAUACUCUCUACGUUUCCACAGCCAAACAUGUUUUUGAAAAAAAACUGAAGCCUAAGCUCCUGAAGUUAAUGCAAGCCAAGUCCUCGGCGCUGAUGAACAAGGAGAUAGCCAAGAUCACGAGGACCAUGGAGUCCUACCUGCUGUCCAUCGUUAACCCAGAGUGGGCGGUGGCUAUCGCCAUCACUCUCACCCAGGAAAUCCCUGAAGGUUCCUUCAAGAUGUCUAGUUUGAAGUUCUGCCUGUAUUUGGCCAAGAGGUGGCUACAGAACAUCCCACCUCAGGAUGAGACACAUGAAAAAGCCCAGGCUUUGUUGAAGAAGCUUCAUCUCCAAUUCCGGCACUCGGGCACAGAAGCUGUGCUCAUAGCCCACAAGCUGAACACCACAGAGUACUUAAGAGUGAUCGGAAAGCCGGCCCACCUCAUCGUCAGCCUCUAUGAACACCCCAGCAUCAACCAAAGAAUGCAGAAUUCAUCUGCCAAAGAUUACCCUGAUAUUCAUGCAGCAGCUAGAGAAAUAGCUGAAGUCAAUGAAAUUAAUUUGGAAAAAAUCUGGGACAUGUUGUUGGAAAAAUGGCUGUGCCCGGAGACAUCACCUGGUGAGAAACCAUCAGAAUUAUUUGAACUUCAAGAAGAUGAAACACUACGAAGAGUUGUGUAUCUCCUCCUGUCUCGCCCGAUUGAUUACAGUUCAAGAAUGCUGUUUGUAUUUGCAACAUCAGCUACAAGUACCCUGGGCAUGCGUCAGUUAACUUUUGCCCACAAAACACGAGCUCUUCAAUGUCUCCUCUACUUGGCUGACAAGGAAACUAUAGAAUCUCUCUUCAAAAAACCCACUGAAGAAGUGAAAUCUUACUUGAAAUGUGUAACUUUUCUGGCAUCAUUUGAGAUAUUGAAUAUCCCUAUCACCUAUGAAUUAUUUUGCCACAGUCCUAAAGAAGGAAUGAUUAAGGGCCUGUGGAAAAACCACAGCCAUGAGCCGAUGGCAGUAACAUUGGUGGCUGAGCUCUGUUUAGAAUACAAAAUUUAUGACCUGCAGCUUUGGAAUGGACUCUUGCAAAAGCUUCUUGGCUUCAAUAUGAUUCCUUACCUAAGGAAAGUUUUAACAGCCAUUUCUAGUACGCACUCAUUAUGGCAGGUUCCCUACUUCAGCAAAGCUUGGCAGCAUGUGAUACAGAUACCACUCCUCUCAGCCUCUUGUCCUUUAAGGCCCAGUCAGUUAACAGAUUGCUGUAAGAGUCUCAUCGCUGUCCUGGAAUGUCCAGUUUCAGAUGAUCUCGACCUGAUGGGAGUCGCCAGGCAGUACGUCCAAUUAGAGCUUCCAGCUUUUGCAUUAGCUUGUCUAAUGCUCAUGCCUCACUCAGAAAAGAGAAACCAUCAAAUUAAGAAUUUUCUGGGCUCAUGCAAUCCUGAGAUCAUUUUACAGCAAUUAGAAGAACAUAUGAAUUCUGGACAGUUAGCAGGAUUUUCACAUCAAAUUAGAAGUCUGAUUCUGAAUAAUAUCAUAAAAAAGAAGGAAUUUGGAAUUUUGGCAAAGACAAAAUACUUUCAAGUGCUGAAAUUGCACAUGAUAAAUACCAACAACAUAACUGAACUAGUCAACUAUCUGGCAAGUGACUUAAGCAUAGAUGAAGCGUUGGCCUUGAUCAGCGAGUAUUCAAAGCACUCCGGGAAGCUUGUGCCACCAGAUGCAGCCCCUGGUGAAAUCCUGAAGAUGUUCCUUAAUGGAUUAUAGAAAAGCAUCAAACCUGUUUUUGAAAACAGCAAGAGAAAGUUUGGAGUCUGCUAUUAACUGACCAUAUUUAUUAUAGUUUUAAAAUUGUGCAGUCUGUAUGCAAUAGCUACGUUAUCCACAAGAAUAACUGAAUGCUUAGUAUUAGUAUAAUUACCCAAUAAAGAACCUGUACCCUGAGUUAAUAA